AUGGAUCAAAGACUCUACAGAGCUGCAUGCGAAGGAGAUUUAGAAGCUGUAUUAGAAUUACUAGAACAAGAUCCUCUUCUUCUCCAUAAUGAUAUCGAUACACCAGACAAUCCAUUACACAUAGCAACGAAACUCGGGCGUGCAGAAUUUGCUAAAGUGGUUAUGAAUCGAAACAACAAAUUAGCAGAAGAAAGAAAUCACCAAGAAUUUAGUCCAAUUCAUUUGGCUUCACCAAAAGGGGACUCACAGAUUGUGACAGAUUUGCUUAAUAUUGAUAGCAAACUGACAGUGAUUUUUGCAAGCGCAGCUAGGGAGGUCACUCAUAAAGAGGAAACUGUGCUUCACCUUGCUGUCAAAAAUAACCAGUCUGAAGCUGUCAAAUCUUUGCUUUCGCUUCUUAAACGUAACAAUCUUAUUGAUGAUCUUGUUAAUUGUGUCGAUCAAGAUGGAAACACAAUAUUGCACCUAGCUACUGCAAGGAAACAAGUGCAGACUAUAAAACUUUUGUUAGAAGAGACAAAGGUUAAUGGCAAUUCCGUGAACGCAAAUGGGCAUACUGCGUUUAGCAUUGCAAAAUUGAACACAUCAGAAGCUGAUGAUAUGAUCAUUCAGAAAAUGCUUAAUGAAGCCCAACAACGAGAGCCUCCUGGAGAGCAAAUUGUAGAGGUUGAAUCCCCUCAAAAUGAAGCAGAGCAUGCAAUAACCACAAUAGAGGACCCAAAAAAGGAUGACCCACCAGAAGCACGAAAAAGCAGAUUAGAAAAGAGUUUCGACAACGUGAAAAACGGUAUUAUCAUUUUAGCUUCAAUGUGUGCAGCUUUUAGCUUUGCAGCUGCAGUGAGUCCUCCUCGUGGUCUUUGA